ACACCUGAUAAAAGAGUGUUCACACACAUACACAUUCACAGACACAAACAAACACACGUCAUCCAAAAGACCGCCACACAAAACCACAGCUGUCAAGAUGGCCGAAGCGUUUGUUGGGACCUGGAAGAUGGUGGAGAGCGAACACUUUGACGACUAUCUGAAAGCACUGGGUGUUGGCUUUGCACUGCGGCAGGUGGCGGGCAGGGCCAAGCCCAACCUGAUCGUCAGCGUGGAGGAGAACGGCACCAUCACCAUGAAGACUCAGAGCACCUUCAAGAACACAGAGGUCCAGUUCAAGAUCAACCAGGAGUAUGACGAGACCACAGCGGAUGACAGGAAGACCAAGAAUGUGAUGUCCCUAGAAGGUGGCAAGUUGGUCCAGAAACAGAAGUGGGAUGGCAAGGAGACAACUAUUGAGAGAGAAGUGAUGGGGGACAAGCUCGUAGCGAAAUGCAAGAUGGGAGACGUGGUGUCUGUGAGGACCUAUGUGAAGGAGGCGUGAGAACAUUGAUCUGGAUGACCACAGCAUCCAUCAAGAGAAGACUAUAGCUGGAUACUGUACACAGUGACAGAGUGGAUAUUGUACACAGUCAAAAUCCAGUGUUAAUUGUACACUUUAAAGAGUCAAUUAUAGCAGUUGGGGCAACGUGGCCUAAUGGUUAGGUCUUAGGUCUUACAUCAGAGGGUUUCAAGUUUCGAAUCCCAACAUUACUCCAGGGACUACAGUGUAACCAAGACCCUGUAAAAUAACAGUACCGGUAAGUCGCUUCAGAUUAAAGACUCAACUAAGUGUAAUGUAAUGUAGAGUAACCGUUAUAAAGUUGAUUCUACUCUCCAGGUGUUGAAUUAACACUGUCACAUUUGCUGUGUACUACUCACUUUCCAAUGUUUAUUUUUAAACUGUCUGUGGAUCAUUGAGAACACUACUGUGUGUGUGUGUGUGUGUGUGUGUGUGUGUGUGAGUGUGAGUGUGCGUGUGUGUGUGUGUGUGUGUGUGUGUGUGUGUGUGUGUGUGUGUGUGUGUGUGUGUGUGUGUGUGUGUGUGAGUGUGAGUGUGCGUGUGUGUGCAUGUGUGCGUGCAUGUGUAGGUGGGCGGGUGGCUUUGUGUGUGUGUGUGUGUGUGUGUGUGUGUGUGUGUGUGUGUGAAAGACAGCCUACUACACUGUGAAUCAAUCAGGGAUCAGAAGAAAUGUCUCCACAUCUAGCAGACACAUUCCAUUACUCAUACAAGUGUUACUCGAAGGGUUACUUACUUCAUGGUAAGUCUGCUUAUGAGAUGGCUGUGAUAAAUUACUACUGCUGUUGUGGUCAGGGUAAAAACAUUUUUUUUGUUGUAAAUGAAACAUAGAAUAGCAAUAUAAAUUUCAUCGAAAACAAUAGAAAAAGUAAAGUAAUGUUUGCCGCUAAAAGACAGCAAUCUGUUCUAGUGUUUGUAUAUGUAAUUGUGAGAGUUGCAUCUUCAACACAAUAAACAAGAAACAACAAUAAAACUGAUGUCAAGUAAAACCCA